AUGUCAUACGAAGAAACCCAAAGAAGAUUAUUGAGGGUUUUCGAAGCAGCUGAUCAGGAUGAUUCUUGUGAUGAUUCUGGUAGUGACUUCGAAAUUGAUAAUGUUGGCCAAAGAAGCUCUGAAAGUGAUUCGGAACAAGAGGUAGGAUUACCGAAUGAGGAAGAAAACGAAGCUGAGGGAUCUGAAGAACGUGAAAGCAAUGAUAACAGACCAUAUUUUACUGGAAAGAAUGGUACAAAGUGGUUUAGUGUACCAGAAAGGUCUAACGUGCGUACGAGAUCAGAAAACAUUAUAAGGGAAAGGCAGGGCGUAAAAGAUAUUGGCAAAAAUGCAAAGACAGCUGUUGAAUGUUGGAAACUCUUUCUUACUGAUGAGAUUUUGCGAGAAAUAUUGUUACAUACAAAUAGUCAAAUAAAUCUGAAGAGAACUGCUUGUGAAAAUAGUCACGUAAAGAAAUAUAUCAUGGCAGACUUGUCAUCGUCAGAAUUAAAGGCUUUUAUCGGUCUCUUGUAUCUUGCAGGACAGUUCAAAGCAAAUAAGCUGAAUUUGAAGGAUCUGUGGAUAAGUGAUGGAUCAGGGGUUGAGAUUUUUAGGACAACGAUGACUUUGAAGAGAUUUCAAUUUAUUCAAAACUGUUUACGGUUUGAUGAUAAGAAUACUCGGAGCGAAAGAAAAGCUACUGAUAAUUUGGCUGCCAUUCGUUCUUUUUUCGAGAAGUUCGUAGCAAAUUGCCAAAUUGUUUAUACACCAUCUGAGUAUACAACUAUAGAUGAACAACUUCCAUCGUUUCGAGGCCGUUGCAGUUUUCGCCAGUAUAUGCCCAAUAAGCCAAACAUAUAUGGCUUGAAAAUAUAUGCCUUGGUUGAUGCAAAGUCGUUUUACGUCAUCAAUCUUGAAAUUUACCCAGGAAAACAACCAACAGGCCCUUACGCUCUCAGUAACAAAGCUUAUGAUGUUGUGGACAGACUUGUGGCUCCAAUUUCCAAAACCAAUCGCAAUGUCACCUUUGAUAACUGGUUUACCAGUUAUCCGUUGAUGUUACACUUAUUGAAAGAACAUCGUUUGACAAGCACAGGCACUGUUCGAAAAAAUAAGCCCGAGAUUCCAAGUCAGAUGCUCCAAACGCGUAACCGAGAGAUCCCCAGCACAGUGUUUGGAUUUCAAAAGGAUAUAUCUUUAUUGUCCCAUGUGCCAAAAAAAAACAAGGUUGUUUUGUUGAUGUCAACAUUACAUCACGAUGAUAGCGUUGUUGCUGAUACUAAUGGCACACAAAAACCAGAAAUGAUUAUUUUUUAUAAUCAGACCAAGGGAGGCGUUGAUGUUGUAGAUGAGCUGUGCACCAACUACGAUGUUUCGCGAAAUACAAAGCGCUGGCCAAUGGUGAUUUUCUAUGCAGUUUUGAACAUGGCUGGUAUAAAUAGCAUAAUAGUUUACAAGUCCAAUAAUAGUAGCAAUUUGUCACGCCGAAAUUUUCUUAGAGACCUGGGUAUUGGAUUGGUUUCAGAACAUUUACAAAACAGAAAGGAAAAUCAGCAUUUACCCCGAGAGCUUCGCAAACGAAUUCUGGACCAAGUGGAUGAACCCUCACACUCACAACGACCUCCAAAUAAAGUUCCUAAGCCUAUCAGGAGAUGUCAAAUAUGCCCUACUAAAAAAGAUCGCAAGACUAAACACACUUGUUAUAAAUGCAAUCGCUAUUUAUGUAUGGAACAUGCUGUUUUCACGUGUCAAGAUUGCGCUCAAACUGAAGAUGAUUACGAGAACUCUGAAUAA